AGAACCGCUGAAUAGUUUCCACAAAGCUGGCUGCUAUUUUGUUGUGGGUUUUUUUUUUCCCCCACUUUGGUGUGUGACACCUGGGCUCCUUAAGGGGGCAGCUGAGACAGACUACGAGAUGAAACCAGCUCUGCGAACUACAACAUUGAAAUCAUUGAGAAUCUACGUGUGUAUCAUCGUUCUGUGUGCUCUAGGAAUAUCUAUGCUAUAUUCAAAAUGUUCCGACUACAUGGAUAAACAGCAGUUACAACUGCUGAAGGACGAGUGGAUCCCGUUCGGUGUCGAAAAAGGUCAGUUUUCACGAGGAAGCCGAUGAUGUCUUUUGCUUGUUUUGUUUAUUUAUUUUGUUUUGUUUAAUGAUUCUUUUUUAAAAUAGUUGAAGUUUAAGCAAGAGUCAUUUAAAAAUAUAUUAUUAAUGGGGCUGCUCUCCUUAGACGGUGUUAACAUUUUGUAAAAACAGUACCUUAGCAACGGACUGUCUCUUUGCGUUUCAGUCUCAAUGUUAAAACGAUACGCGCCAUUUUGAAUCACCGAUCUGACUCUUUAUCGAACUUUGAAUAACUCAUUGCAAAGGCACAAACGGUCCGUUAUACAAGAUAAUUUUUUUUUUAUUAUGUCCUCAUGAGGACAUUAUUUUGUGAACAAAUCAUGUAUUGGCGAAUGGUGAAACAUACAUUUAAAACAUAGUCACUAUAUUUGUCCAAAUAUUGGGAUACUUGUUUUUUUUUUUUUUUUUGUUGUUCGCCCUUCAGAAUCGAUUGGGGCGUAGAGACACUGCUUCCCGGACAUAUAUUUUUUUAUCUUGGUAGGCUUGGUGUCUGAUGUCCCUAAGCUUAAUAUAAGAAGAUAGAAGAACAAGGUAUGUGGAGGCCUUGAAAUGAGAAGGACAUGGCAAUAAAAGAAGAGCGCAUCGGCUAAGAGCCUUCCUCAGCAGACAGAACAAAUGAAAUAAAUAACAAGAAACAGAAAGCAGUUUUUUUAAAAAUAACUUUAGUGUUCGCCAUACUCUUGUCAUUACCUGAAAUUGUUUUGUUUUUAAAUCGAGAUUACAGGAAGUCAAAGAUCGUAUGCAUUAUUACUGUCAAAAUAAGAUUUUAACGGACAAAAAUAUUUAGGAAAUAUGUAAAAUAUAAAAAAUAAGAAAAGAGAUACAUGGAAAUUGAGGAACACUAGAUCUUGUACGUUAUAAUUUUAAAAAUGUCACUUUCAAUUCUUCAUUACUAAUAUCAGCCAGUCAGUGACGAUCUAUGUUAAACAUUUCCCCUUGGUGGCCAUAACUAAGUGACACACAACUGUUUGAGUUUGACAGACGAAAACUACAUAAGAUGAGUUAGUGGGUGAGAAUUGUCUCAACAGUUGAUUGUCGGCUAUUUGCCUGUCUCGCGGUUGUCUUGUGGCAGAGUAGUCUUUGAACCAGAUUGUUAUGCGGUUGAUUGAAGCCCAGUUGUCUGUCUCACGGUUGUGUGAUGCCAAAAAUUGCAUGUCUUGUUCCCAACUGUCUGUAUCCCUGUUUACUGGCACCCAAUUUUUGUGUCACUGUUGUCUGGUGUCCGAUCGUCUGCCGCUAGGUUGAACUCGUCCAUCUGUCAUUGUGUUUGAUCAACUUCAUCAUAGAAUAGUGCUAUCCGCUACCAACAUUGGCAAUUUAUCCCAGCAAGCAGCCGACCUCACCGCUACCAACAUUGGCAAUUCAUCCAAGCAAGAAGCUGACCAUUCCGCUACCAACAUUGGAAACUCAUCCAAGCAAGAAGCCGACCUAUCUGUCCAGACGUUAACUUGUCCAGUUUGUUAUUUUACUUAUUAUUUGUGCUUCCCAUAGAAAGAGACCAAACACUUGGAACUUGGCACACAUUUAAGAGAAGUGUAAUAGGUGCGCCUUUGCCAUAGGCGUAACUAGGAUGAUGUGAUUAAAAGUUCCCAGAGGCAGAACCGGGAUAUAAGAAAAUGGGCAUCAGAAUAUUUUGCAUUCAUGUCUAAUUUAGCAUCGUGCAAGAAUUGCGGCAUCUCUUCACGUAGCAUGAAAAAUCUCCUCAAAACUUUUCCAUUGGAAAGACACCUCACGUGGGAGUAAAACAAGGGUAUUUCGUAUCCAGAAACACUUUAUUUGCAUAACUCAGUAUACAGUCGAGAGUUGAGUGCAUUCACUUAAACAAAGUUCACUGCUGUAAUCACUGUGACAGUAUGACUGGACGUCAUGAGUUGUUUUUAUUCAUGAAAGUUUUUGAACGUAAAUGCGUGAAAAUCUGGAAUGAGUGAUCUUUUAUGUAGAAGUAUACAAAGUUAGAAAAGGUCAAAAUAAAGUCAGUUGUUAACGAAUCCUGAAGAGUGAGCAUCAUUCAUUUCUAUUACAAUCACUUUAUUGAGAACCUUUGUCAACUUAUCAGGCGUGGAGAUGAACAGUGCAGAUGGUAUCAAUAAAAUUGGGGCAUUUUCGCUUAACUAAAGUUCGAAAACCUAAACGGAAACUAGAUGCCAACUGAAUUUCGGUUUCGGUGCUAAAAGUUGCCAUUUAAUCACUUUCGGCGUAGUUUCGGUUUCGGUCGAAACAGAAAAGUUAACUUUUGGUUGAUUUUUGGCUUCGACGGUCCAGCGUUAUAGGUCACAAAAUUACUUUUUAUUUUAACAUCAAAUUUAAUCGUUAAAACUUUACAUUCCUGGUCUUCAAAGAUGAAAACCUGUUAUAUUACUUCAUCGAUAUUCUUCGCGUUACCACUUUCAGUUGACAACAUCGCAAGACUUCUCUGUUAAGUUCUCUUUUUAAAAAUAAACAUAUGCUUAACAAUUCAGAAAAUCAUUGGCGUUAACAAAACGUGGGUACAUGUAUAUAAGAAUACUCAAAAACAUCAAAACCCAAUCAUUUUACACACUUAAAAAUUUAAUUUUGAAAAAUGGAGAUGGGUUAAUAUUUUCUUUCAAAAAAAUGAAAGCAUAUUUUUGUUUUUACUUCGCGAAAAAUAAAGUUGGUUUACAUUAUUAUGAGAUUAACAAUUAAAAAAAAAAAAGUCACGCAUGUUUGUUAUAGACGUGAAAAACGGUUGCGAGAUUCUUCUUUGGAUAAAAUAAUUCUUUGUUUUACGAUUUUAUGAUAAUGUAUAUUUGUUUUAAAAAGGCGAAAAUGUGUUUAAAUUUUUGAUGAAGAUAUCAGUAAUAUAUCGAAGUCCUGUAAUAUAAAAUAUAUUUAUAUCAUGUACAGAGGGUUUUUUUUUUUUUUUGUGGUAAAUUUAAGAUUAGGUUUUUUAACAAUUUAUAUAGAAAAAAAGUUGUAAUUCAAGGGCACGAAAAGGGUUAAAUCUAAACUAUUUUCUAGCGUAGUAAAUGCCCUUCAAUUAACUUUGUAUUUAGUGACAAAGGUGAUAUAGUUAGUGAUAAUUUAGAUUGGGUAAUUUAAGGUCAUGUUUAGAGAGGAAAAAAUGUAUGUAGUUUAGGGGCGUGAAAUGGAGUAGGGAACGCGUAAACUAUUUAACAGAUAAAUACUUCUCAAAACUUAAUGAUGUCAGAAACGAAAAUAUCAUUACAUUUUGAAAUUUAUGAAUUGUGAUGAGUUUUUGCAAUAGCAUUUAGAAACUGUCGCAAAGGACCUAUCAUUAUUAUCCCGAUAACAUCGGGCCAUUUAUUCUAGUACUCUUAUAAUAAACACAUUUUUCGAAGUUUUGUGAUAGGUUGUGAUAACUAUCAAAUUUCAUGCUUCACGGGGGUGACACAUUGUGAAUCAACUGAAGUAUUUGGAAUUGCUGAGAAUGGUAAAUUGUACAGUAUCUUGAACAACUGGUAGAACAGUGGUUUCAAACUCUUUUUUUUUUUUCCUCUCGUAGAAUGUUCAUUUACGAUUACCCCACUUUUCUUUACCUCCCAAGUCAACACUAAAACAAUUAAUUUAAACAAUAAAUCAGGUAAAUAAUCCAACACAGCUGACAAAGAUGAUGCCAUUAUAGGAUUUUAUUGUCUACUUUACAAGCUACUUCCGUUUCUUUUCUUUUCUUUCUUUCUUUCUUUCUUUCUUUCUUUCUUUCUUUCUUUCUUUCUUUCUUUCUUUCUUUCUUUCUUUCUUUCUUUGAAAGAAAGAAAGAAAGAAAGAAAGAAAGAAAGAAAGAAAGAAAGAAACUUUCUUUCUUUCUUUCUUUCUUUCUUUCUUUCUUUCUUUCUUUCUUUCUUUCUUUCUUUCUUUCUUUCUUCUUUCUUUCUUUCUUUCUUUCUUUCUUUCUUUCUUUCUUUCUUUCUUUCUUUCUUUCUUUCUUUCUUUCUUUCUUUCUUUCUUUCUUUCUUUCUUUCUUUCUUUCUUUCUUUCUUUCUUUCUUUUUUUUAACAUGUUACAUAGCUAAAUCUUACUCCAAAAAUAAACAUUGCAACAAUUGGCCGGCCAUAAAACGGGAUUUCAAAAAUCAAUGGAAACGUGUAACAUCCGGGCUUUAAUUUAGCAAUACGGUGUUCUCAUUAUUAAUUGUAUUCUAACAAUAUUUUUAAUGGAUAGCAUUUGUUGUUAGCAUACCACUAAAUAUUGAACUAUAGUUUGAUGUAUAAAUGAACAGGGGUUAAACAAAACACAUACAAUUUUUUUUUUUCGUUUCCUGCCCUUAACAAUAUUUUUUUUAUUUUUUUUUUUGUUCAGCCUUAAAGUGGUCCACCACGCACUCUCAGGGUCCGCGUACCACAGGCUGGGCAACCGCUGUGGUAUAACAUUUUUUUUUUCUCCGCGGAUCAUUUUAAGAAGUAUAACAAGUCCGGCAAGGCUCUAACAUCUUAUAAUCCACAGCAUACAAAUAAUAUUUAGUCGUGGUUGCUGAAAAGGAAGGGGAAAAAAUGUCACUUGGUCAGUAUUUAAAGUGGAUACAAUUAAUCUUGGUCUACAUUGAACCAAGACAGAUUGGCGAUUUCAUUUCCUUUGAACGCCGAGUAAGAAAUCUUGGCGAGUUUUGGCUUUCAAGAGACAUCACUGACCCCUUCUCUACUUAACAAGUGCCACAGAAAGACAAUUUUUACAAUAGCAUAAAUAAUAUAUCUCAACAACAGUUGAACAUAAAAAUUAAACAGCCUCUAAACGCAAAGUUUAGAGCGUAUAAAUACUCUCUAUGCAUUUUUGUCUGCAUUUAUGCAUUUGUACUAGAUUUAUCCUUUAUGUGAUUUGUAGCAACUGUUUUUGUAUAUGGGAAUAGUUUUUAUCAAACUUAGUACAUUAGAAACUUAACAGACUAAAGAUUUAUUUAAACCCAAAUACGUCACAAACGCAAAGUAACAGCUACACAAUUAAUCUCCACACCAAAACACGCACGCAUUGAACAAAUCAUAUUUCAUUCAUCUUCCCCUUGAAAAGCAGGAAAAUAUUAUUUUUGGGGAGUUGGGGGUGGGGCUGAAAAUUUUAAAGAAUGUGUUGUCAUCGGCGACGAGUCUGUGUGCCAAGUUUCAGCUCGAAAGGAUGACGGAAAGUGGGUCAAUUAGCCUACCGAUGAUUAUUGCCGCCACACAGAAUCACGCAAACAAAAGCAAAGUUAAUAUAAAGAAUUUUAUAAUGAAUGAACAACAACCCAUAUACGGAAUCAUAAUAGUUAAGUUCUAUACCAGUUAUAAUUUUUGGUUGCGGUAAGAUGGAGAGUUAAUACAAAAAUAGUUGUUUGCGCCAGGUCUAAAAAAAAAGUUCAUACGGCAUUGAUAAUAGCUUGUUAAUAAAAAGCGACAUCGACCUAUUUUCUUAUCGGAGUAAACCCCCUUUCAUACACCGCCAAUGAUACUUUUAAAAUGGAAGGUUGGUUAUGACCUUACCAUUUCAUGAAACUAACAUUUCAUGACCCUUGCAUUGAUAACCCUAACAUUUCCAUGCCCCCUGACCUUUUAUCUUAACAUUCCACGAACUUAACAUUUCAUGAACCAUACGUACCAUGACUCUAAAAUUUUAUGACAUUAACAUUCAAUGACCCUGACAUUUCAUGACCCUAACAUUCCACGAUCUUAACAUUUCACUAAUCAACAUCCCAUGGACAUAACAUUCCAUGAUCCUAAAAUUUCAUGACCAUAAUAUUUCAUGACCUUAAAAUAUCUUAACCCUCACAUUUCACGACCCUCAUAUCAGCGCUGCUAUAAGGCCAUAUAAUAUGAGGCCAUAAUGUGUCAUGUAUUUUCUGUUUUUCGUUCUUAGGAAAUUACAGCUUCACCGUUGUCACUGGCCUGUUUGACAUAGGUCGUGGUUCUUGGUGGACUCAGAGCAGGACUUACAAUGAAUACCUGGGACAGAUGUUACAGGUAAUUCAUUUAUAGCAGUGGUUCUCAACAUUCCUAAUGCCGCGAUCCUUUAAUACAGUUCCUCAUAAUGUGGCGACCUCCAAACAAAAAAUUGUUUUCGUUGCUACUUCAUAACUGUAGAGGAUAUGUAUUUCCGAUACUCUUAGUCGACCCUUGUGAAAGGGUCGUUAAACCCCCAAAGGGGUCGCGACCCACAGGUUUAAAACCGCUGAUUUAUAGCAUAGUCCUGACCACGUUUAGGUAAAUACCCAUUUUUCACAUUUAGAAUGUCCAUGCUUUUCCUAAGUUUCUAUAGACAGUUUCGUUUUUAAAUAUUAAUGUCUCCUUUCUUUAAAAAUAAAAAAAAUGUACAAAAAAUUGCUGUACCCUCACGAGGAUAUCUUUGAAAUGUUGCAGAUUUCAUAUAAGUUUUUAAUGUUACAAUUUUCAUAGUAACUGAAAUUUGUAUGAAGAAUGUAUCCCAUAUCAGACUAAGCGUCUACUGUAACUAAAAGAGUUUAUUGAAGAAAAAAAAGAUAAGAUAAAUACAGAGCCCCGUCAUCAGGAGUCAUCCAUUAGGUUGUGCGAGCAGAGCCCCGUCAUCAGGAGUCAUCCAUUGGGUUGUGCGAGCAGAGCCCCAUCAUCAGAAGUCAUCCAUUAAGCUGUGCGAGCAGAGCCCCAUCAUCAGGAGUCAUCCAUCAGGCUGUGCGAGCAGAGCCCCAUCAUCAGGAGUCAUCCAUUAGGUUGUGAGAGCAGAGCGAGCAGAGCCCCAUCAUCAGGUCAGUAGGUAAUUCGACACGCUCGUCUCGCCCAUCAUCAGAAGUCAUCCAUCAGGCAGUGCGAGCAGAGCCCCAUCAUCAGGAGUCAUCCAUUAGGUUGUGAGAGCAGAGCGAGCAGAGCCCCAUCAUCAGGAGUCAUCCAUUAAGCUGUGCGAGCAGAGCCCCAUCAUCAGGAGUCAAACAUUAAGCUGUGCGAGCAGAGCCCCAUCAUCAGGAGUCAAACAUUAAGCUGUGCGAGCAGAGCCCCAUCAUCAGGAGUCAAACAUUAAGCUGUGCGAGCAGAGCCCCAUCAUCAGGAGUCAUCCAUUAAGCUGUGCGAGCAGAGCCCCAUCAUCAGGAGUCAAACAUUAAGCUGUGCGAGCAGAGCCCCAUCAUCAGGAGUCAUCCAUUAGGUUGUGAGAGCAGAGCGAGCAGAGCCCCAUCAUCAGGAGUCAUCCAUUAAGCUGUGCGAGCAGAGCCCCAUCAUCAGGAGUCAUCCAUUAGGUUGUGCGAGCAGAGCCCCAUCAUCAGGAGUCAUCCAUUAGGCUGUGCGAGCAGAGCCCCAUCAUCAGGAGUAAUCCAUUAAGCUGUGCGAGCAGAGCCCCAUCAUCAGGAGUCAUCCAUCGAUAAGCUGGGGCGUAUUUAAGUUAAUGUUCUAUAAUAACUUUCCCGCCUCCUACGUCAAAAAGUAACCCACGUUCCCUGCAAUGAAUACAGUAUUUGUCGCCUCUGCAAACUUGCUACCCUGCACAUUUUUUACCCUGGGCAAUAGUCUGCUUUCAAGCCAUUUUGUUUUUGUUUUUUUUGUGAACUAGAAACUAGCAACUAGCAACUAGCAACUAGCAACUAGCAACUAACAACUAGCAACUAGCAACUAGCAACUAUCAACUAUCAACUAUCAACUAUCAACUAUCAACUAUCAACUAGCAACUAGCAACUAGCAACUAGCAACUAGCAACUAUCAACUAUCAACCAUCAACCAUCAACCAUCAACCAUCAACCAUCAACCAUCAACCAUCAACCAUCAACCAUCAACCAUCAACCAUCAACCAUCAACCAUCAACCAUCAACCAGCAACCAGCAACCAGCAACCAGCAACCAGCAACCAGCAACCAGCAACCAGCAACCAGCAACCAGCAACCAGCAACCAGCAACCAGCAACCAGCAACCAGCAACCAUCAACCAUCAACCAUCAACCAUCAACCAUCAACCAUCAACCAGCAACCAGCAACCAGCAACCAGCAACCAUCAACCAUCAACCAGCAACCAGCAACCAGCAACCAGCAACUAGCAACUAGCCUAUAAUUAGAGAGCUUUUUCAGAGCUCGCCGUUUUUUUUAAAUGUUGCAAUAUAUUUUGUGAACACGAUUUUAAUAAUAAUUGUGCUUAUUUAGCUUGUACUUUUUAAUCAAUUUAUUGUCAGCAUUUGGUUUUUGGUCGUGGUUGUUGCUUUUCAGAUCCUCAAAUUGGAUGUCAAUCUCAUUGUUUUCAUUGAGCCGAAAGGUUGGAAUUUCGUCAAGAGUUUCCGAAAAGGGAGAGAAAAAAGAACACGGAUAUAUGUGAAAGAGAUCGAGGACUUGGAGUACUAUCCCUUGUUUGGUCGAAUAAAGGAAAUAAUGAACAGCAAAUCGUUUCAGGUACAUACAACAGGUGUAUAAAAUGUGUGUAAUAUUUCUUUCCAAAAAAAAAAAAAGGGUUUUUUGUGGCAUUGGGAAACAUAACAGAUAGUAGGCAUGCUAAAACGAAUUAUUUACUUUGUAAACUUUAAACUUUUUUAGAACAUGGUUGAAAAAUUCCGGAAAUAAUCGAUUACUUAGAACUAAAAAUAAUUUUUUGUGUGUUUUAAAUCGCUAUUUACAACUGUGGGUAUUAUGGGAAGUGUGGGCAUAUGUCAGAAAAUUAGGUCAAUUCAUUCUUUUUUUUUAAAAAAGGGACACCGGGAGGGAAUCGUCCCAUCUUACCCCUUCCCACUGCACUGGCACUGUCCACCCAAACAUCUGAAUUGCACCCCCUUCCCCCCCCCUCCCCACUCCAAAAACCUCUCCUGGGACAAAUUUUCUGAAAGAAUCACCACAUUCUAAAAAUAUUUAGAAUUGUCCAAGGUUUAUGUGGAGGGGGGAGUUUGACCCACACCACUCAGGUGGGUAUAGCCGCAGGGCCGGCCCGAUGCUUGCUGGCGCCCUGUGCAAGGUUAACUUUGGCGCCCUUUAUAAGUAUAAUCAUUAAAGGAAAAAACAAAUUAUUCGGUAAUGAGUAUAAUACCUAUGUUUUUUUAACAAACAAAAAACCAUAGGUAAUAAACUCAUAAGGGGCGUCUAUAGCAUUGUCUCAAAUGUCAACUUUUUUACACUUGUAACACUUUCAGUCCAUAAUAGAUUUAACUUUUCUUAAAAUUAUUUACUUGCUUUACAUUCAUUAUACGUUUCUUAAAUGCCACACACGAUAAGUUUAUGUUUAGAUUUUGCUACUGGCACUGGCAUCAGUCAAUGUUACGGGAGUGCUACAGUUAAAACGGUGCAAGAAACUGAACAAUGAAAAGAUAUGACAAGGUCACGCCGACAUACAUCAAUAUGUAAAUGUUGCUUUAAGAAAAAUUGGUUGUAUAUCUUCAAUGAAACAAUUUUAAAAAAUAAAUCGCUCAGUAAGAUUUCAAAUGUUCAUCCAUGUAUCUUGGGAUAGAUGAUUAUUUCACUUCAUUAUCGGGAGGAAAAUAUUGACCGGGCUUUAUUUAUUUUGUUUCAUUUUCCGCUCAGGGUUGGGGACCCAAAUUUCGUGUGUUUUUUUUUUAUAUGCGCUAUAUUAUUAUAAUCAAUGUCAUCGUAUUUCAUCGUAUUUCAUUCAUUUUCACCUUGAAAAAAAUGGCUUUCUGGGGGUUGGGGAUGGGGGCUGAAAUCUCGAAAAAACAUAUUGUCAUCGGCAACGAUCCUAUGUGCCAAGGUUUGACGGGAAGUGGGUCAGUUAGCCGUCCGAAGAUUUCGCCACACACUCGGAAAGAAAUAAGCAUAUGAACAAUAGCGAAGUUAACAGAAAGGAUUUAAAAAUUGAUGGGUAGUGAUUAGAGCAAAAUCCGAUGUCGCAUUUCUUUUUAAAAUGCCAGCGUGUAUUCAGCGCUUCAUACUACUUAACAAAUGUCCAGCUGACAAUCUCCCCGUCUUGUCACCAAUGUGUGUACAACACCCAUCUAGAUUUUCUGUGGAUUGUGCGGCAGGGCUCGGAAUGGUUUUCCGUACAUAAAAUAUGUUCCUUGCUCCGCGCUAUGCAAACGAUGAUGGAAGCAAUAAAUGAAACACAAGGGCUGUUCGGGGAACCGACGUUUCUGAUAAUCGACGCUCCACUGUGCAUGGAUUGCCACUUAACAUUUUCCUCAAAUGUCUGUCCUUAUAUUAUUCAUAACAGAAAAACCCAGUAGGCCUCACAUAAUUUUUUUUCUUCAAUACAGACAGUGAUCUUGGUUGCAUUGAGCUAUGAUCAUAUGUAGAUGAUGUCGAUAUUCCUCAUAACGAUUGUUCCACUAUUUUUAGUUGAGAUUAUAAUAUGAUAUGAAGUACGAACAUCUAUCGAGUUCUGCUUGUAAAACCAUAGACAGAGAAGAGCUGUUUAGAGGCCGUGUACAUAUUAUAUAUAUAUAUAAGCCUAACACGAAGGUGGUAGCGGGUUGUUUAUCAUUUUGUUAUAUUGUGUUAUAUUGGGAUUGGGGGGGGGGGGGUAGAGAGCGGGGUUUCUUUCAGCUAUAUCUGCCCUGUUAAACCCUGGAAGUGCCCCCCCCCCCCGGGGGGGAAAAUUUCUGAAAUAAUCACUGGUAGAGAGCAAUAUUAUUUAAUCGUUCUUUUUAUUUUAUUUUUUAAAGUAAUUUUUGAUUUGUGCAAAAUUUCUGCGGUUUACCAAAGACAAAAUUGCAAUUUCAGCUUACAAUAAAAAUUUAAUAAUUUCGUCUUUUCUGUUUGAAACUUUAUUUAAAGGGGGUGGGUAGGUCUGCUAGAUUUAAUGAAUCAAUCAUUGUCUUUAUAAGUUGUUUUUUUAAAUUUAAAUUAUUCAUUGUAAACAUUUAUUUUGUUAUUUUGUUUACGUAAACGCGUGAAAUAUAAAAAAAAAACUGAUGAAACUCCAGUUUUAAAGCAUUGUGUUUCCCUCCUGCCACCAGGAAGGCAAUGAGAACUACGCGUCGGGCAAGUGUGAAGCCGUCGAUCCCAUGUACAACCUCGUCACAAACUCUAAAAUAACUUUAGUUCACGAGGCCCUUCAAGACAACCCAUUUAACUCCGACUAUUUUAUAUGGCUGGAUGGUGGAUACGGACAUGGAAACGCCAGUAUUUAUCCAGAGGAUAGGAUAUGGAUUCCACGUCAUUUGUUAAACUUCAAAGGUACCGGUAAACGCUUCGCAAUUUGAUAUAUAUAUAUAUAGAUAUAGUCUUAGAUAUAGAUAUAUAUAGAUAUAUAGAGAUAUAUAGAUAUAUAUAUAGAGAGAGAGAGAGAGUUUCUAUAACACCAUAAUUAACAUUUUUCAUCAGGUUUUUUGUUUGUUGUCAAACAAUACAGCUAGAGAGAUCAGCGUUAUAUAUAAAGUCUCUCUAUUUGAAUAUUUUGUUAAUCUUAAUUUUCUUCUUCAGUACCUGCAGUUAUGCCUUUUACUAUCACUAUCGGUUUGUAAUAAUUCUAAAUAUAGUCACUUAUGACAAUACAAGGAAGCCUUAAAGGGUGAACAUUGGUUUAAGAGUGAAAACAGCACAUUUCAGAAAUGGCUUAUUUACAUUUAAUUAUAGCUUCUUACAAGUCUUGUAGCUUGUAUGAAAACAUAAACAAUUUGAAAAUAGACAGGUUUUUCCCCAGCCUUUUCUAUAUACUCCCGCACCCCCUACGAAAUAUUUGACUGGACUGGCACCCCCCACCCCCCUCUUAUGCAAUGUUAUUACCAAGUCUCGCUCCCUCUACAAAAAGAAACAGUGCAUUUGAAAUCAUGAAAAUAAUCGACAAUUCAUUUAUUUAUAGAAUCGCAAAGACAACUAUACAGCUUAGAAAAUUAACUUUUGACAUUACAUAAAAUAAAAUGUUGAUGAAGAAAUGUUUAAAAAAAAACAAAACAACAUAGACACAUCUGUGCCAUGUUUAAAAAGUUAUUUCUCUCAAAUACCCUUUCCAAGCACCACCAAGGUUGAGAAUCCCUGAUUUAACACUUACUAAAAUUGUUUCAUGUACCUUGUUGCAGGUUGAGGUGUCCAGGUCGCACACUAUAAUGUGGCUAUAUUUAUAUGUUGUUGUUGUUGUUUUUUUUCCUCCAGAUAAAGUUAGUUUCACGGCUUUGGAAGAUCUGCCGGGCAAAAGAAACGACGAACUGAACGUCCUACACAAAACUGACACCGCCUGGAUAGCAGGAGGUGAGCGUCGUCUUAACAAGUCAAUUAUAAGCUCUGUAUAAUUGGUUUAUACAGUUUAUAGGUAACAUAGUCAACACGAACAUAGCAUUUGUAGCAUUCAAUAGCAUUUGUUUAAUUUUUUUUUAAACGCUUUGAGCAUUUACAAUGAAGUAAUCCAUUUAUUUUCAAUUUUACCAGGCUUUUGUUAAGAAACAUGAUAAGAACCGGGGUAGAGCUGAUGCCUUUUUUUGGGGGGGGGGGGGGUUUGGGGGGGUCGCUGUAAUAUGUGGAUAUUCAAAGUAUGUUGCCCACUAGCCUAAUACAUAAUCUAACCGUGACCUAAUAAGAUACACUCAAAGGCAAUGUUUUGACAAUCCUGCCCAUCUUUUAUAAUAAAUUAUAAUUCCUGAAAUCUUGUCCGUCCCAAGGGAGGUUAGAAUUUUAAAAAAACUCUAACAAUUCUUUGCUCUAUUAAAUCCCUUGAAAUUUGGAAUCAUUUUAUGUUUAUUUUUAAAACUUACUUAAAAAGAACUGGAAGAGCAUCUUGUGGUUGUUCUACAUUUCGUACACCUACUGACUUGGUGUUUUUAGGUGAUUCUGAGCUCUGACUGGUAGUGACUUACUGACUUGGUGUUUUUAGGUGACUCUGAGCUCUGACUGGUAGUGACUUACUGACUUCGGGUUUAUAGGUGGCCCUGAGCUUAUUGAUUCUGUACGCUCCUUGCUACGCUCACUGACAACUUACAAGCCCUCUGAAACAGUAUCAGUACCCGUCACUGCACUCUCUAUACAGUAAAUACCAGUGGUGCAUGUAUGGGUGGUGCAUGCAUGGGUGGUGCAUGUAUGGGUGGUGCAUGUAUGGGUGGUGCAUGUAUGGGUGGUGCAUGUAUGGAGCGCCAUCUGGAAUUAUUAUAGAUUAAGCACAUCUUCCCAUAUUUUACACGCGCCACGUGGUCGCGAUGCCCUCCCCCCCACCGCCCCCCAGCAAGAGAUAUUUAUAAACCUUAACAUAAUAAAAGAGCUAACUGCAUCUAACGUUUAUAGAUUAAGCACAUCUUCCCAUAUUUUACACGCGCCACGUGGUCGCGAUGCCCCCCCCCCCACCGCCCCCCAGCAAGAGAUAUUUAUAAACCUUAACAUAAUAAAAGAGCUAACUGCAUCUAACGCCAACGCUGCUACAACCUACAUCACCAUAGCAACCACAGUGCACCGUUAAGUUUAGAUUUUAAUUCUGUACAUUACAUUUGUCUAAUAACGCUAGUAAAUAACAGUGGACAUGAACUGCGUUUUAAGACAAAUCCGUAGUAGCAUUUGUUAUACUCUGUUCUUGAAACUUUUUAACGAAAUAGUAGAACGCGAUAUGUGUAAGCUUGAAUCAAAAGACAGGACAAUGAGAUGUGAACGUUUCGGCUAAUGAAAAUUGUUUGUGCGAUAAUUCCAAUGAAACUGGCUUUUUACCAUUCAAAAUGGUCCGUUAUUCUAUUCAAGUCAGUAUGAAGUAACUCGAAGCAACUCGCCUUGAUAUUUUUUCACGAUUUUUGUCAGAGAUCUCAGCGCGAUUCCAUCCAAACAUUUUCAAGACGUUAACCAUUGGUCUCCUACUGUAAUUCUGCAACCGACUCACACCAGACGACUGUUAACUCGUGGUCACAAAGCUUCAGUUUCGGGCGUUCAUGUCUCUGGAUCUCAGCUGCUACAAGCUGAAGGAGUCACUUGGGUAAUUGUUAGACGGGUAGUUUCGGCAACAGCAGUUGCGAAUGAUGCAGUGAUGAGUGAUGCAGUGAUGAAUGAUGCAGUGAUGAGUGAUGCAGUGAUGAAUGAUGCAGUGAUGAGUGAUGCAGUGAUGCAGUAAUGAAUGAUGCAGUGAUGAGUGAUGCAGUGAUGCAGUGAUGAGUGAUGCAGUGAUGAAUGACGGAGUGAUAUAUCAAUUUCAGUUACGACGACUGGAAUGAUCAAAAUCGAUUUUACAUGAGUUAAUACCGGGUAUGGUUUUUCCUAGUUCACCGGAGACUCCAUUUUCUUUAAGGAAUGCGCACAAGAUGUGACGAGAUAUGUCAUGUUGAUUAAAAAAAAAAAAUAUGCCCACUGAAAUUGCCUGGCGGGCAAUCCGGCACGCGGAUCUGACUCCGAGUAGCCCUUGUCUAUGUGUACGGGCGACCAUUUUAGUUUUCAUUUUUUUAAUAAAUUAAAUAUGGCUAAAUUUGGUUAAAAUUACAAAGUUUUAUUUUCCUGCUGUCAGGACUUUUUGCAGGUGGUAAAGAAGCCAUGGAGACAUUCUAUCGUCUGCACAAGACCAUCAUGGCUGAAUACAUGGAAAGGGGGACCAUCGAUGACGACCAGACGACAUUUUCAGAUUGUUAUUUUAGACUUCCAAGCAAUUUUCGGCCUGUUCUCGGGUCAUGGUAUGACUUGAUGGUGCCGUUUCAAUGACAUCAACUCUGACUAGUUAUUUAGUUUAUUCGAUUAUCUAUGAUUUUUUUUUAUAAAAUAAAUAAAUCAUUUAUAUUAACUUCUCUUUUUGUUCUUUUGUUUCUGGCUGGGUGGUAAAUCUUCAGACUGCUAAUUUACCCACUUCCCGUCAACCUACCAAGCUGAAAUUUGAAAAUAGACUCAUUGCCAAUGACAACAGAUUCUGUCAAAUUUUUCA